AUGCGUCGACUGCAUUGCCUUGCCAUUCUGUUUCCAUUGACUUUUGUCGUGAGAAUCAAUGGAUACACCAAGCCGUGUAUCUACCAAGCCGAAAAAUGUGGCUAUACAUUGAUCGCAGCCUACGGUUAUACCGUGAAUGAGCUUAUUGCUGCCGUCAAUCAGACAGCUUCCAUCCCACCCAUUACAUCAGACCAACUUGCCCAGGUCAUAUUCCACUGUGAGAAUAUAUAUGGAGCCCUCAUUGGAAACUCCUUUUGUUUCAAUGGAUGCUUAGAUUCUCGGAACCCGACCAUGGAUGACGACUGCCGAGUAGCAGGCAAUGGCUCGGCCCCGGGUACUGUCACCGUCACAGCUACUACAACAUCAAUAUCAACAUCAACACUUACAGUCACAAGCCCAGGAAACACAACUACAACCACUGUUACUUCUGGGUAUGCUUUUACAUGCUUUACUGAGCACAAGGCUUGGUGUUUUGGAGGGAGUAAUACAUCAUACAUGGAUUCUUAUACACUGUACUCAGCAACUGCUACAGCAGCGUGGCUUACAGAAGUUUGA